AUGUCCGAUCUAAGCGAUGAGGUGAUGAGCGACGAGGAAUCGGCCGAAGUGUAUCGGCAAGUUUUUGGCGAGGGCGAACCCGAGUACAUGUUUGAACAGCUCAUCGAUGGACCCAAUGUAGAGCAAUUCGAUAACGAGAAGGAACGCGAUGAAACGAAUGAGAAUAUGGUAGUCGAAUCUUUGUGUGAAAAUAAAAUGGCGCGGACCACAUAUGAUAAGCUACUGGAUAAUAUCCGCAAGUGGAUUGGUCGAUUCAGGGAGUCGUCCUUAGUAAUUUUCCGGGAGGAAAUCAUCCUGCAUGGCACUGUACUGAAAAAACUUGUUGGAGGAAUUCUAGAUAGAGUUGCAGAAGAAAGGGCUGGAGAUCAGGUGGGAGUGGCUAUUUUGGAUAGGUGGAUCGAUAUUUACUGCGAGCUCUUCUUCGAUGUUGGCGAACGCGUGUCGAUCUGUAAAGCGGUGAACUUU